AUGAGUGGCAACUUGGCUUCAGAAUACUCGGCCUGGAAGGACCUCCAGAGCAUCUAUGACGCAGAUCACUCCAAGAUUGUGCUCAAGGAGCUCUUUGCCCAAGAUCCUCAGCGAUUCUCCAAAUUUUCCCGGGAAUAUGCGUCUACCAGCGGUCCCGACGUCACCCUCCUCCUCGAUUUCUCGAAAAAUCUCAUCACGGAGCCUAUCCUGAACAAGCUUCUCGCUUUGGUCCGUGAAGCCAAAGUGGAAGAGUACCGCGACAAAAUGUUCGCGGGCGAGCACAUCAACACCUCUGAGGACCGCGCCGUUCUGCACGUCGCCUUGCGCAACUUUAACGACUUCAACAUCUCCGAAGCUGGUGUAGACGAAGUCAGUGGCGUCCUUAACCACAUAAAAGAGUUCUCCGACGCUGUUAGGAGCGGCGAGUGGAAGGGGUACACCGGCAAGACUAUCAACACUAUCGUCAACAUUGGGAUCGGCGGAUCUGAUUUGGGCCCCGUCAUGGUCACUGAGGCGCUGAGGGCGUAUGCCAAGCGCGAUCUCAAAGCGCAUUUUGUGUCCAACAUUGACGGAACACAUAUCGCUGAGACGCUUCGCGAGUGUGACCCUGAGCGAACGCUCUUCAUUAUCGCCAGCAAGACCUUCACCACUCAGGAGACCAUUACCAACGCUGAGAGCGCGCGUAGCUGGUUCCUCGCCACGGCCAAGGAUAAAUCUCACGUCGCGAAGCACUUUGUCGCGCUCAGCACGAACACCAAGGCGGUUACGGCGUUUGGUAUUUCAGAGUCAAACAUGUUCCAGUUCUGGGACUGGGUUGGUGGGCGAUACAGUUUGUGGAGUGCGAUCGGAUUGUCGAUCGCGUUGGUGAUUGGGUAUGAGAACUUUGAGGCGUUGCUCAAGGGAGCCCAUGGAAUGGACAAGCAUUUCAAAGAGACGCCUCUCGAGAACAACUUGCCCGUUCUUUUGGCCGCCAUCGGUAUCUGGUACAACGACUUUUACGGCGCUCAAACCCUCGCUCUCCUUCCUUAUGACCAAUACCUCCAUAAAUUCGCGGACUACUUCCAGCAGGGAGAUAUGGAAUCCAAUGGCAAAUUCAUCACCAAGAAUGGCCAUCGCGUUAACUAUCAGACUGGGCCCAUCAUCUGGGGUGCCUCCGGUACCAACGGCCAACACUCCUUCUACCAGCUUGUGCACCAAGGCACCAAGCUCAUCCCGGCAGAUUUCAUCGCCCCAGCAACGACGCACAACCCCAUCGAAAACUCGAAACAUCACCGCAUCCUCCUGUCCAACUUUUUCGCGCAGCCUGAGGCGCUUGCGUUUGGGAAAACUGAGGAAGAGGUCCGGAAGGAGUUGGGCGCUGGUGCGAGUGAGACUUUGAUUAAGAGUAAGGUGUUUGAGGGGAAUAGGCCCAGUAACAGCAUUAUGUUCCCCUUGCUGACACCUGCUACGCUUGGUGCUUUAAUCGCGUUGUAUGAGCACAAGAUCUUUGUGCAAGGUGUUGUUUGGGGUAUCAACUCGUUUGAUCAAAUGGGCGUCGAGCUUGGAAAGGUCCUCGCUAAAAACAUCUUGGCCCAACUCGGCAAGCCAGAGGAUGUCAAGGGCCAUGACAGCUCCACGACUGGGCUUAUCCACUACUACCAAAAAUUCAGGAAGGAAUGA